CGGAGCGCUCGGAGCCCGCUCGGAGCCCGUGGGGAGCCCGCGGGGACCCCCUGCCCGCCGGGAGCUGGCCCCGCCGGACGGGCAUGGGGAGCCUCCAGCUGCAGGACUUCGUGGCGGGCUUGGUGGGCGGAAUCGCCAGUGUGGUUGCGGGCCAUCCCCUGGACACGGUCAAGACUCGUUUGCAAGCUGGACAAGGAUAUGGAAAUACACUCAAGUGUGUUCUCACUGUGUACAAAAAUGAGUCUCUGACCGGCUUCUUCAAGGGCAUGUCCUUCCCACUGGCCAGCAUUGGCAUCUACAGCUCGGUGGUGUUCGGGGUCUUCAGCAACACGCAGCGCUUCCUGAGCCAGCUCCGCCACGGGGACCCGGCCGCCGCGCCCUCGCUGGGCGACAUGACCCUGGCCAGCCUCGUGGCGGGGGUCAUCUCCGUGGGCAUUGGCACCCCCGUGGAACUGGUCAAGAUCAGGCUGCAGAUGCAAACGCAGCCCUACACCAAAGCAAACGUUAAACAAAAUUCCACAGCUCCUGGAUCUUCCGUGUACAGAGGCUCAAUUCACUGCUUCAGGACAAUCCUGCAGAAAGAGGGGAUUCCAGGAAUAUACCGAGGCAAUGUAGCAAUGCUCCUGAGGGAUGUCCCCGGGUACUGCGCCUAUUUCGUCCCGUACGCAGUGUUCUGUGACUGGAUAACCCCUCAUGGAAGCAUUGCUCCUAAUCCCUUCGCCAUCUGGAUGGCAGGGGGUGUAGCAGGAGCUGUUUCCUGGGCAGUAUGUACUCCAAUGGAUGUUGUGAAAAGUCGACUUCAGGCAGAUGGAGUUUAUUCAAAGCAGUACAAAGGGACCAUUGACUGCAUAUUGCAGAGCUACCAGAACGAGGGCUUAAAAUGUUGCCAAGAGGACCAGAAAGUCUGCUGCCCUCCUGAGCCAGAUCAGCAGUGUGGUGUUGGUGAGGGCUCAGCUGCCCUGACUGAAGACUCCCCUCCUGCACCUGCAGCACCUGCUGUGGACACGUGGUCCAUGGAGCAUGCCGAAAAUCACACCAGCUCAACCAAACCCAAAGACUAUUUUAUUAUCAAAUCUCUCACUGUUGACUAAGAGCACCCUAGUAAUUCUGGUGGCGGUGAUGGGCUUCUUCACCAAUGGCAUUUUUUGUAUUGAACCAGGAAGAGAACUUCCCUUUCCCAAGGGAUGUACCCACCCCAGCACACCUCAAAUCACCAAGGCAAUGUCUUUUGUGCAACAUGGUGU